UAUUUUUAUUAAUACUCAUUCAGAAUUAUCAUCAUUAUAUCAACAAAUAGAAGAAUUUCAAAUAAUUUAUCAAUCUAAUGUUGAAGUAAUAUCUAAUAAUUCAAUUAAACAAUAUUCUUAUAAUCAAGAAGAAUUAGAUGAAUCUAUUAUAACAGAUGAAUCUAAUAUAAAUGAACCUAUUUUAAAUAAUAAACAAAUAAAUAAAUUUAAAAAAUUUAUUUUAAAAAUAAAAUUAAAGAUAUUGAAAAUGAUAAUGAAGAUUCAAUUCAAAAAAUUAAAAAAAAUUAAAUAA